ACACGAAAAAACGUGCUACUUAAGUUUAGAAAAACAAGUGACUGUUGCGCCGAGUGGGCGGAUCAAGAGGGGACAGCGGAGGGCUCAGCGCGCACAAUAAGCGCUCAGGGUUCAAACGCAAUUCUGGGCACGCCGCGCUUCCGGAGGACCCGGGACGCCGCACCGCGGACACCCGCGCGGCGCCCGCCCGCAGCGGGGCGAAGGGCGCCCGGGAUCACGUCACUUCCGGCUGCGGCCGGAGUGCUCGCGCUAUGACCACCAGCGCCGAGUCGCCGGGGCGACGGCCCGGGAUCGGAAUCGGCGUGGUGGUGACCAGCUGCAGGCAUCCCCGUUGCGUCCUGCUGGGGAAGAGGAAAGGGUCGUUCGGAGCCGGCAGCUUCCAGCUUCCUGGGGGUCACCUGGAGUUCGGGGAGACUUGGGAAGAAUGUGCUCAAAGGGAAACUUGGGAAGAAGCAGCUCUUCACCUGAAAAACGUCCGCUUUGCCUCAGUGGUAAAUUCUUUUGUUGAAAAAGAGAAUUACCAUUAUGUCACUAUAUUAAUGAAAGGAGAAGUAGAUAUGACUCAUGAUUCAGAGCCAAAGAAUGUUGAACCUGAAAAAAAUGAAAGUUGGGAGUGGGUUCCAUGGGAAGAAUUCCCUCCACUGGACCAGCUUUUCUGGGCACUGCGCUGUUUAAAGGAGCAAGGCUAUAAUCCAUUUAAAGAAGAUCUGAACCAUCUGUUAGGAUAUAAAGGAAAUCAUCUCUACAUGACCAAGAAGAUUCUUUGAUUAAAAACAAAUAAAAAUAAAAAGACAAAAAUAAGGUCAAGUUAGAGAAAAAAAAAUCUACAUUUCAGGACAACUCUGUUUCAUCAAAGAAGUUCCAUGUGAUUUCCAGUUUAUUUGUAUUCUCUUAACAUACCCACCAUCUUAGGAAAAUCAUCCUGGAACAUGUCAUUGAAUUGUAUUUCAGGCAGAAAAUAUAUAAUAAGAGAUAUUGUGGUUAAUCUGCUUUCCAUAUUCAUCUGUGAUGUUUACUGGGUGGCCUGUCAUUAUAGCUUACACAAAGUACAGUGCAGUAGGAGUUGCUCUAGUUUUCAGUUCAAGUAGAAAUCCUACUUUAGAUAUCAUAAUGCAAAUUUAAACCACUGCCUGUUGCAAAAUUUAUCAUGUUUGUUGGUUUUCCUUUUUCUAUUUUAAGAAAACUGGCAAUAUAUUGUGUCUGCAUCUAGUAAGAACAGGCUAGCUUGGUAUGCUAUGUAUUUCCCAGAGUUCUGAGUGAGACCCUAACCUAGCAAGAAGUGAGACAAACCAUCUGAAAUCUGUCCUAAGAUGGACAGGCCAUGUCACUUUGAACGUCUCACUUUUCCUGAGAUAAUGUCUUUGUACAUAAGAGAAAGAAAUUGUUCUAGGACAGCGGUUCUCCAAGUGUGGUCUGUAGGACUCUCAGGAGCCUUUCUGGGUAUUCAAGGCCAAGGACCUGUUUUUAUAAUCCUAAAACAUCAUUUAACUUUCCACUCUCAUUCCUUCAUCCAUCUAUAUGAUAGCUUUCUAGAAGCUGCCUGAUAAAAGAUUUAUCCGCCCUUUGGCCGGAACCGCCAUCUUCCAGUAAUUUGCCAAAAUGACUAAUACAAAAAGCAAGAAGAAAC